AAAGAGGGAGAUGUCAUGAUUGGGGGAGCAUUUUCCAUUCACAGCAAAAUCACACAACCUCUACUUUCUUUUACAGAGACACCAUCACGUCUAACAUGUUCCAGGAUAAAUCUCCGGGAAUUUCGAUUCGCUCAGACCAUGAUAUUUGCAAUCCAGGAAAUAAACAAAAGUGACUAUCUUCUCCCUAAUGUUUCUAUCGGGUAUCGUAUUUAUGACAACUGUGGCUCCACAUUAUCAUCAAUGCGUGCUGUGAUGGGCCUGAUGAAUGGUGAGGAGCUGUCUGUAGGAAAGAUCUGCUCUGGACAAUCAGCUGUUCAUGCUAUCAUCGGGGAGUCUGAAUCGUCUUCGACCAUUGUGCUGUCACGCACGACUGGACCAUUUGAAAUACCAGUGAUAAGUCAUUCAGCUACCUGUGAGUGUUUGAGCAGCAGAAAGGAGUUUCCAUCCUUCUUUCGGACCAUCGCAAGUGACCUCUACCAGAGCCGAGCACUCGCUCAGCUGGUCAAACACUUUGGCUGGACAUGGGUGGGUGCAGUCAAUAGUGACAGCGACUACGGCAACAAUGGCAUGGCCAUCUUUCUCACUGCAGCCCAGGAGGAAGGAGUCUGUGUGGAGUAUAUUGAGAAAUUUCACAGAGCAGAGCCGGAAAAACUCAUGAAAGUGGUAGAAGUGAUCAAGAAGAGCACUGCGAGGGUAAUUGUUGGUUUCCUCGCACAUGUUGAAAUGAACAACCUUCUACAGCAGUUGAGUUUGCACAACAUAACUGGCCGGCAGUUCAUCGGUGUGGAGGCCUGGAUCACUGCGGACAGCCUUGUGACUCCUACCAGCUUCAGUGUGCUGGGAGGUUCAUUAGGAUUUGCUGUGCAAAAGGGUAAUAUAAGGGGCAUGGAUGAUUUCUUAAUCAAGGAUUUCUGGAGGACAGAGUUUAAGUGCACAGGAAUGAGCAAGGACACGAUGACAACGACAUCCUACUGUAUAGAAAACAAGGAUUUAAUUGAGCUUAAAGAUUAUAUUGAUGAUGUAGCUGAGCUGAGAUACUCCAGUAACAUAUACAAAGCCAUAUAUGCUGUGGCACAUUCUCUGCACAGCAUCCUGAAAUGCUCUAAAAAACAGGGGUGUGACAAGACUGUUAAAGUUACUCCUCAGCAGGUUGUGGAGUCUUUAAAGCGGGUGAAUUUUACCAUCAAGAACGGGGAUCAGGUGUGGUUUGACAGAACUGGAGCAGCUGUGGCUCGGUACGAGGUAGUGAACUGGCAGAGGGGAUCUGACGGCUCAGUCCAGUUCAAACCUGUUGGCUACUACGACGCCUCCCUCCCUCCUGGGCAAAAGUUUGUACUCAAGACUGAAGCCAUAAUGUGGCCUGGAGGAAAGACAGAGUUACCUGUGUCAGUGUGCAGUGAGAGCUGCCGUCCAGGAACACACAAAGUCCUCCAGAAAGGAAAGCCAGUCUGCUGCUAUGACUGCAUACCGUGUGCAGAGGGAGAAAUCAGCAACAGCACAGAUUCUAAUGACUGCAUAAAGUGUCCCGAGGAAUAUUGGUCCAAUCAAAACAGAGACGCAUGCACACUGAAAAUUGUCGAGUUCCUCUACUUCACCGAGGUUAUGGGUGUGAUUCUAAUAUUUUUCACUCUGUUUGGUGUGUUCCUCACUCUUUUUGCGGCCACUCUUUUCAUGGUGCAUAAGGAAACUCCCUUAGUGAAAGCCAAUAACUCUGAGCUCAGCUUUCUCCUGCUCUUCUCUUUGACUCUGUGCUUCCUGUGUUCUCUGACCUUCGUCGGCCGGCCUUCCGAGUGGUCCUGCAUGCUGAGACACACAGCAUUCGGCAUCACAUUUGUCCUCUGUAUCUCUUGUGUUCUUGGGAAAACUAUAGUUGUGCUAAUGGCCUUUAAAGCAACACUCCCAGGCAGUAAUAUGACGAAGUGGUUUGGGCCCACACAGCAGAGGCUCAGUGUUCUUGCUUUUACACUAAUACAGGUUUUAAUUUGCAUACUGUGGCUGACCAUAAACCCUCCCUUUCCCUUCAAGAAUAUGAAACACUACAAAGAUAAAAUCAUCCUUGAGUGUGCCCUGGGAUCACCUAUAGGGUUCUGGGCUGUGUUAGGAUACAUUGGACUCUUAGCUAUUCUCUGUUUUUUUCUUGCUUUUCUGGCUCGAAAGCUGCCUGAUAAUUUCAACGAAGCUAAAUUAAUCACUUUCAGUAUGCUGAUAUUCUGUGCAGUGUGGAUCACCUUCAUCCCAGCAUAUGUUAGCUCUCCUGGGAAGUUCACUGUAGCUGUGGAGAUAUUUGCUAUUCUGGCCUCCAGUUAUGGGCUUCUCUUCUGCAUUUUUCUGCCAAAAUGUUUCAUCAUUUUGUUUAGACCUGAGCAGAAUACGAGGAAACACAUCAUGGGCAAGACAUCAAAUAGUGAUAAACGUUAUUAGAUGUUUCAUAUAAUGCUUUUUCUCAGUAUAUUUGCAACACAAUGUUUUAUUCUUGUCAUCAAACCACAGCUGAACACAA